AUGAAAGAAAGAAUCAAAGAACUAGGAUUAAGCUUGGUUCUCCCGGAUGUCAUUGAUGAAGAACAAAGUGCCUUUGUCCAAGGUCGUUUGAUAAUGGAUAAUGCCCUCAUUGCCAUGGAAUGUUUCCAUUGGAUGAAAAAGAAGAUAAAAGGAAAACGGGGAGUGAUGACGCUUAAGCUCGACAUGUCGAAGGCGGGGCUUUUAAAUGGUCAACUUCGUUGCAAUAUCACCCCUGGGAGGGGUCUCAGGCAAGGGGACCAUCUCUCACCUUACCUUUUCAUUUUAUGCGUUGAUGUUCGUUCAGGUCUGUUGAAGAAGGAGGCUUGUGACUUGAAGAUUCAUGGCACUCGUAUCGCUAGGCAGGCUCCAACCAUUUCCCACUUGCUGUUUGCUGGUGACAACCUUUUGUUCACUAGGGCAACUCCUCAGGAAGAUGAUAAUAUUAUGGCCAUUCUUCACAAGUAUCAAGUAUCUUCUGGGCAGGUUGUAAAUCUGGACAAAUCUGAGGUAUCUUUCACUCGUAAUGUUUGUGAAGAGUCUAUGGAGUUAUUACGGGCUAGGAUAGGAGUUAGAUUCGUUAUUACUCAUUCCAAAUAUUUGGGACUUCAGAAAGAUGGUUAUGGAAAGCCUAUCAUGACAUUGUUUAUCGCGAUUCAUGUGUGGCUGCUCGCUCUUUCCUUUCCUUGUCCAACUGCUAUAAGCGGCAUUGCUUAG